GUGGCCAUGUGAAGUGCUGGGUCCGGCCUGGGGCGAGGCGGUUUAACAGCUAUCAGAGGAAUGAGGCGGCUGAUCUGCAAGCGCAUCUGUGAUUAUAAAAGCUUUGAUGAUGAAGAGUCAGUGGAUGGAAAUAGGCCAUCGUCAGCUGCCUCAGCGUUCAAGGUUCCUGCACCCAAAAAGCCAGGAAAUCCUUCGAACAGUGCAAGAAAGCCAGGUUCAGCUGGUGGGCCUAAGGUUGGAGCCUCCUCUAAAGAAGGAGGGGCUGGAGCAGUGGAUGAAGAUGACUUUAUUAAAGCAUUUACAGAUGUUCCUACUGUACAGAUCUAUUCUAGUCGAGAACUUGAAGAAACGUUAAACAAAAUCAGGGAAAUUCUCUCAGAUGACAAACAUGAUUGGGAUCAACGAACUAACGCGCUCAGGAAAGUUCGCUCUUUGCUUGUUGCCGGAGCUGCGCAGUAUGAUGGAUUUUUUCAGCAUUUGCGGUUGUUGGAUGGUGCUUUCAAGCUGUCAGCCAAGGAUCUCAGAUCCCAGGUGGUUAGAGAAGCAUGCAUUACUGUAGCCCAUCUUUCAACUGUUUUGGGAAACAAGUUUGAUCAUGGCGCUGAAGCUAUUGUGCCUACUCUUUUUAAUCUGGUUCCCAACAGCGCCAAAGUAAUGGCAACUUCUGGGUGUGCAGCCAUUAGAUUUAUUAUUCGGCAUACCCAUGUGCCCAGACUUAUACCUUUAAUAACAAGCAACUGUACCUCAAAAUCAGUUGCAGUUAGAAGGCGCUCUUUUGAAUUUUUAGACCUGUUGUUACAAGAGUGGCAAACGCAUUCACUGGAAAGGCAUGCAGCUGUCUUGGUUGAAACCAUCAAGAAGGGUAUUCAUGAUGCUGAUGCAGAGGCAAGAGUGGAGGCAAGAAAGGCUUAUUUGGGUCUUAGAAAUCACUUUCCUAGUGAAGCAGAGACUCUCUACAACUCCCUUGAGCCGCCCUAUCAAAGAAGCCUCCAGACUUACCUAAAGAAUUCUGGCAGUAUAGCAUCUCUCCCUCAGUCAGACAGGUCCUCCUCCAGCUCACAGGAGAGCCUCAAUCGUCCUCUAUCUUCUAAAUGGUCUGCAGCCACCCCAGGAAGUCUUGCAGGCAGAGUUUCAGGAAGCAGCAGCAAGAGUGCUGCAAGCACGGGGACUCUGCAGAGGUCUCGCAGUGACAUCGAUGUGAACGCUGCCGCGGGCGCCAAGGCCCGCCAUGCCGCCGGGCAGGGCGCCGGGCGCCUCUCCGCAGCUGGUUUGCCCCCAGGAUCCUAUGCCUCACUCGAGGAUACUUCUGACAAGAUGGAUGGAACAGCUUCUGAAGAUGGACGUGUACGAACAAAGCUUUCGACGCCAUCUGUUGGUAUUGGAAAUUCUAAAACAGAUUCCAGAGGACGCAGCAGAACCAAAGUGGUGUCUCAGUCGCAGCCUGGCAGCAGAUCGGGAUCUCCUGGAAGAGUUUUGACAACAACUGCACUUUCCACUGUGAACACAGGCGUUCAGAGAGUGUUGGUGAAUCCUGCAGCUGCACAAAAACGAAGCAAAAUCCCCCGAAGUCAGGGAUGCAGCAGGGAAGCUAGUCCUUCUAGACUGUCAGUAGCGCGAGGCAGCCGCAUUCCUCGGCCUAGUGUGAGUCAGGGCUGCAGUCGGGAGGCCAGCCGUGAAAGCAGCAGGGACACGAGCCCUGUCCGCUCUUUUCCACCCCUUGCUUCCAGGCAUCACUCCAGAUCCACUGGUGCCCUCUACGCUCCUGAUGCUUAUGGGGCUGCAGGUGCAGGCUUUGGAAUCAGUCAGUCGAGCAGAUUGUCAUCGUCCGUUAGCGCCAUGCGAGUCCUCAACACAGGGUCUGAUGUGGAAGAAGCAGUAGCAGAUGCUUUGAAGAAGCCUGUGCGGAGAAGGUACGAGUCCUAUGGGAUGUAUUCAGACGAUGAUGCCAACAGUGAUGCAUCAAGUGCCUGUUCAGAAAGGUCCUACAGCUCUCGCAACGGAAGCAUCCCAACAUACAUGAGACAGACAGAAGAUGUGGCAGAAGUCCUAAAUCGCUGUGCAAGCACCAACUGGUCUGAGAGAAAAGAAGGUCUUCUAGGUCUGCAGAAUUUAUUAAAAAAUCAGAGAACUUUAAGUCGUGUUGAAUUGAAAAGGUUAUGUGAAAUCUUCACAAGGAUGUUUGCUGAUCCUCACAGUAAGAGAGUUUUCAGCAUGUUUCUGGAGACACUCGUGGACUUCAUCCAGGUCCAUAAGGAGGAUCUGCAGGACUGGCUGUUUGUAUUGCUGACACAGCUGUUGAAAAAAAUGGGGGCUGAUUUGCUUGGCUCUGUGCAGGCAAAAGUUCAGAAGGCACUUGAUGUCACAAGGGAAUCUUUUCCAAACGAUCUUCAGUUCAGUAUUUUAAUGAGAUUUACUGUUGAUCAGACUCAAACACCUAGCCUGAAGGUCAAAGUUGCAAUCCUUAAAUACAUAGAGACGCUUGCACAGCAGAUGGAUCCAGGAGAUUUUGUAAAUUCAAGUGAAACUAGGUUAGCAGUGUCUCGGAUCAUCACCUGGACCACAGAACCUAAAAGCUCAGAUGUUAGGAAG